AUGCCUUUUUGCGCGCCCCGCAGGCGCGGACUCCCCGCCCGCGUGCCUGUCGAGCACCUGCUUGAGGUGCUGAAGGAUCUGAACUGCUCCCGAGUCGGCGUGAAGUCCAUCUAUGAACGCUUCCGCCGUCUUGCGCCCACCGGGCUGAUAUCGCUACCGAAAUUUCGGGAAUCACUGGGUUUGCUGGGUCUAUUCGGCAAGCUUCUGGCGGAGAGCCUUUUUUUCGCGUUCGACUACGACAACGAUGGGUUCCUGAACGUCGUCGACUUCACCCGCGCGGUGCUGAUUAUGCUCAUCGGCUCGGACAAGCGUCGCCUCGAGCUCAGCUUCCGUAUUCUGCAGACGCCGAGCCGCCAGGAGGCGGGCACCAUCUCCAUGAAAGAGGGAGACGCCCCCCCCGAGCCGUCCGGAAUCGACCUGAAGUCGUUCACGCGCAUCGUCAACGACAUCCGGACCACCCGGAACGUCCUCACCGGCCAGUCGGUGCCUAACCCGUCACCGGAGCACGUGGAGAACGUGUUCAAGAAAAACUCCAGCAUCUGCAUCGACGGCGUGGCGCGCAUCACGCAGCACGACUUCGAGCGCGCUGUCCACUGCUCGAAGGAGUUCGUGGAGCUUAUGGGCGCGCCCUGCCGAAGAUACGCAGUGGAGGCGUCCAUUGUGCCCGGCAAGCUGCCGGUGGAAAUCUCCCCCGCCUGCCGGCCCUUUACCAAGUGCGGGUCCGAGGACUUCAACCUCAGGAGGCAGAGGACGUACAUCAACCGGACGACGCAGCAUCGCAGGAGGUACCACGAUAGCGACACUGAUGAGUCGCUUCCGCUGAAAUCGCAGGGCGUUUCGCGUCCGUGGCUGUCUCCCCGUCGUGGCCUCGCCGUUUACUUCGGUCACGAGCGGUGGAACGACGUGAUCAACGUGAUGGUCGGCCUGGGCCUCACCGCUCGCAAGGACAUCGGCGACGUGACCAGGGAGCUGAUACCGGCCGACUUCACCGACAAAGUUACGCUGUCCAUCCUGCCGGACACCAUCUCCGGGCUGAUGCCGUCGCUGAAGUUCGUCGAGCACGACGACCGGCACCAGUUCCGGCGGGACGACGACCCCAACAAGAUAAUCUUCACCGAGCACGCGCCGCUGGUGUUCAAGCGUCUGCGCAAGCUGAUGAACCUGUCGGAGGACGAGUACAUCCAGUCGGUGGGCCCCGAGCACCUGGUCGGCAACAUGAUGCUGGGCAACCUAAGCACGCUCUCGGAGCUGCUGUCGGAGGGCAACAGCGGCGCGCUGUUCUACUUUACGGCGAACGGCCGUCUGGUGCUGAAGACCGUGACGCGGCAGACUGCGGAGUUCGUGCAGAGGUGGCUGCCCAGCUACUACGAGCACAUGCGGGAUAACCCCCAGACGCUCAUCACGCGUCUCGUCGGUUUGUUCUCCAUCACGCAGUGCAAGCGCGGCGGGUCGACGACGUACUUUAUCAUUAUGAACAACGUGUUUUACUCGUCCGUCGCCAUCCACCGCCGCUUCGACCUGAAGGGUUCCUGGGUGGGUCGGUCGGUCCCGCUCCACGAGCGCAAGGACCACACGGUGGCGCUGAAGGAUCUGGACAUGGUGGAGCUGGAGGAGUUCAUGGAGCUGUCGGAGUCGCGCUCGAGCGCGCUGUUCGAGACGCUGCAGCGCGACGUCGACUUCCUCUCCAAGUCCAUGCUGAUGGACUACUCGCUGCUGCUGGGCAUCCACUACCGCUCGAUGUCGGAUGACGACGUGAACUGGCAGCAGGACCCCGACCCCAGGCAGAUGUCGUGCUUCAUGGGCAAGAACCGCGACCGGCUGUACUUCGUCGGCCUGAUCGACGUGCUCACGGAAUGGGACGUGCGAAAGCGCCUCGAGUACGCGUGGCGUCGCCUGAGGACGUUCAACAACCCGGGGGUGUCGUGCACCCCUCCCGAACGUUACGCAGAGCGUUUCGUCAGCUUCAUGAAGAGUCGCGUUGCGUGA